AUGACUUUAUCUGAUAAAAAAAAUGAUAUUCAUGCUAAACUUAUGUCUCAUUAUCCAGAAGAUUUCGAAUGGUGGUAUUACAUAAUACUUUUUGUUUCCUUUGUUCUUGGUUUAAUUUAUUGUUAUAGUAGUUCAUUACUACCAGGAUAUAUUAUGAUUGCUGCGAUUAUUGUAAAUUUUAUUAUGAUGAUACCAACAGGUGUUAUAGUAGCAGUUACCAAUACGAUAUUUGUUCUAGGUGUUCCUAUUGAUGUUCUUAGUAGUGUAAUAUUACCUGGUAAUCCUAUUGGUUUCUUAACUCUUCGAGCAUAUACGUUUUCAUGUCAAUAUCAAAUUAUACAUGUCUUAAUUAGUUUUAAAAUUGCUCAUUAUAUGAAGACAUUUAGUGUAGGUUCAAUAUAUUCUCCAUUACUUUUUGGAUUACUUGUUGGUCUAGUUUUACCUAUUAUAAGUUGGUUUUUAUGGAAAAAGUUUCCAAAUAUCAAAUGGUUAGCAUUCAUUCAUUUUCCGAUGAUUCUGGUAGCAGCAAGUAAUGUUCCACCAGCACCAGCUGGUGAAUAUACAACAUGGUUUUUAGUGGGUUUUAUUUUUAAUUUAAUUUUAUAUCGUUAUGCACAUGCAUGGUGGGAAAAAUAUGCAUAUGUGUUUUCAGCUGCAAUGAGUUGUGGUGUAGCAAUAUGUGGAUUUAUUAUAUUUAUUACAUUGCAAAAUAACAAUAUAGAAUUUCCUAAAUGGUGGGGAACUGGUGGACCGAUGGGAGAUGGUUGUCCCUUAGGAAUUGCAAACUACUCGGGUUUUGUAUUGACUGAUUAA